GCGUGUGCCCGCCUUAGCCGCGUGGACGCACACGCUCAGUCCUACGAGUGCGCGCGCGCUCACACGUGCGCGUGAGUGAGAGAGAGAGAGAGAAGACAGGAAACAAGAGAGCAGAGAGAGGAAAAAAGGCGAGCUGGGGAGGAGGAAUAUGCUCCAUCUGCCCUGUGCUCUGUGACCGAGCCUUCAUCCUGGGCUGUGCCUGCAAGAGGACAUCUCGUGGCGCCUUCCCACUGUUACAAAGUGGAGCAGACGCCAAAAGACAAUAAGGACUUGUCCUCCUAAGACAUGACUGGUCUACAUUUAGUGUCUGCCCCGGACUGCACCAUCCCAGCCUAGACGCCCGGCACCGGUCAUUGAGAGGAGCAGAUGUUCAUCAUGCUCUCUCGUCUGUGCGGCCGGGCACCUUCACAUCUUAUUUUAGCAUCGCUCCUCGUGUGAGUGUGUGGACCUCCUCCCUCCUUGGAAAAUGAAGCGUGGGUCGGGCGCUUUACGCCCUCCUCCUCCACCUCCGGAUGCGGCCCAGCGACUCACACAGUCUGUAAACCUGCACACACACACUGACCACAGAGCUAACAGGCCGCACGAGCAUUCCAACAACAGGCUGGACGCUCGCGCCGGGAGUUCGAGCCCCUUUCUGGCAGCCACCUCUCUCUUCAGCCCUGAUGUCAGCACCAAGAUGGCGUCUGACCUUCUCAUCAGGCUGUCAGAGGCGACCCAGAAGGCCCUGUUGCGUCCUGGAAGUGGAGCUGAGGCUGAGAGACGGGAGGCCUUACCGGAGGGACAAGGGGGGCAGCAGGACGAGCCUGGCCUGGCUCUGUCCCCGGACGGCCCCGGAGCAAGUCCCAAUCCGCCUUCGCUCACGCUCACUCCUGAUGGGGACGCCGCCACGGACACGCUGGCUUCGGACCUCCUGAGGAAACUGGCCGAGAGUCAGGUCGUCACCCCGUCAGGCGUGAAGGUCAAAGAGGAGGAGGAGUCCAUGGAAAUCAACACGCUAACAAUGUCAGAUCUCAUAAGAGACUCUCCAAGUAUAAGAGGCCGCCAUCUGGUCGCCGUCAAAAGAGAACCGCUCAACUGGAUGGGAAUGGCAGAUCCACGUGGGAUGUGUACUGCAAGCUGCCGAGUUCCUGACAGCGGGGAUACAGAUGGGCCGCUCGCAAUCAAACAGGAGAAGAAGGUCCUCAGCAGACACAUGGAAGAGGAGACCCGAGACAAGUUAUUAUCUGGAGUCAGCACAGAAGAGCAGCUUUUCUUUGGAGACCAGCUGUGUUCUGGAGCCAAAAUGGUGGAGCAGUGCCUGCGGGCGGCGCUCUGGCAGGACAUGUCUGUCAACCUGGCGUCCACGCUGCUUUACCAGCUCUCAGAGCGUGUCAUUAAGUCCAACAGUGUGCCGGCACAAAGCAUGAGCCCCCCCACCAGCAGGCUAGUCCUAAAGGCAGAGCCAACAUGGACCAGCCGCCCUUUGGACUCUCCCCAUGGAAGUUCAGGCAGCAUUAGAAGUGGCAGCUUCUUCUACAGGUGUCACGUGUGCGGCUUCGAGACCGAUGGGCGCCUUCUAUUUCACGAUCACAUGAUGGAGCACCGGCAACGGGAGCGCGGCUCCUUCUCACUACGCUGCUGCGUGUGCGACCACUGGACCACGCAGGAGGCGGCCAUGAAGGUGCACGCCGACACGCAUUUGCUGGUGGGAGUCAACAGAUGCCCCUUCGCCCCUCCUGCCAGCAGUGCACCGACAGUUGCCACGGCAACCCCGCUGGAGACGAGCACCUCAGAGCAUCGCUGCCGCAUCUGCCAGAGGUCGUUUCCAGGGCAACAAGAGCUGCUGGUUCACUUCCAGGGUCAUCGCCAAGGCAACCAGUACCGCUGCGAGCGCUGCGGCCACCUGACACGGACCGCCAAUAAGCUGGUGGAGCACGUGCGCGUGCACACGGGGGAGCGGCCCUUCACCUGUGACCUUUGCCCUUACAGCGCCAAGCGGCGGGACAGCCUGCGUCUGCACUGCAAGGUCAAACACGCAUCGCGUGGCGUCGCCACCACAAGCGCCGCUGCCACCAGUGUGCACACUCACCGCUCCUACGCGCACGGAAAUGACCCCAGCAAACAUGUGGGGCGGCUUCACAGUGACGUGGAUGCCGCGCACGUCUCUCUUCCUCCCUCGCUAUGUGACGGAGGCUGGAGGCGGGAUUUGUCUCCUAUGGUGUCAAUCACCACGCUGCUCGCGGUCAAAGAUCGCUCUCCUGCACCGCCCUCCUACUCCCCCUUUUCUUCCAACAAACUUUCCUUCCUGGGGUACCUUGGCCUGACGUCUUUGUGAACGUCUUCUUCUGACCUCUUUUCUCAUGGCUGCAUGUCACCUCUGCUUUUCACAUUUUUGCUCUCCUUGGUAUCUUCACCUCCUUGGCUGCUCAGGCCUUGUUGAGCGAUGGAAGUAAAGCUCACUACCAUAUCAAGUUCAUGCAAACAUCAUUAUUGACAUUUGUUGGCAUUGUGCUCGCUAUGCCUGCUUUUAGCCAAUCAUGACUCCUUUUAUUAUCAUUAGGACAAAAAGGUAUCCCUGAGUCUAAAAUGCAUAUGUUAUACAAGUAUAGAAUAAUAUGUAAAUGUUUUUAAUUGAUUAUAAAUAAACUGUAUAUUAUAAAUAGUUUCUUAUUUGUAAGUUCAAAUUUAAUUUUAUUAUUUAUUGUAUCAAAAUAAAAUGUUCAAUAAUUAAUGUGUUUAUUUUUAAUUAAUGGAUUAUUAAUACAAUUUUACUUGUUUAUUGUAUGUACAGUUGUCCCUCGCCACAUCAAAUAGAUUUUUUGAGGGGGAUAUUUAAAAAAUAAAUAAGUUCAAGCAUGUUCAAAAAAUCUUUGGGUCUUAAAGAAUUUUCUAGCAUAAAAUGGCCUAAUAAACUUAAAAUAUUAAUAUUACAGUAAUAAUGGCCAUUAUAUGAGACAAGACCGCGCAGUAUUAUGGCCACUGAUUGUCUCAGCCUUAGGCUGCAAUACUAUAUUGGAUUAAAAGAAAGGUCACUUAUGGGUGUUAUUUCAUGUCUAGGAGGCGCCCACAAUGUUGGAAACCUAGAUCAUACAUAUUUUUUAUGCUCUAGCUAUGAAAAUAUUUGGUUUAUAAUGAAUGAUUCCCACUUUACGGAAAUUAAUUUAUUGCGGGCAUGUUCGGAACCAAAUAACGGGAUAAACGAGGCACCAGUGUACUGUGUGAGUAUGUCUAGACUUUUAGGACACGGUGUAUUGUCUGCCAUUCUUGGAAAAGCCAGCUUCCAAAUGAGCGCAAUGGGAUGUAUUUUUGCUGACAAGACAAAUAUGUCAUUCAAACAAAGCCAUGGUGCAAAUGUUUGUGUUUUUUAGCCACAGCUAACCAUCGUUAGCAUGAAUGUGAUUAUCAAGGACUAUCAUCUCAUCAGUUUAUUAAAACUGCCUGACAUUUUAUAAAAAAUAUUUUUUGUUAAGUUGACACUUUGUAUCUUUCAAAUGUUUCGCUGACGAGCUUCACUAGCAUCAUCGAUUGCUUAUGUUAGAGCUUUUGAAGGACAGACAUGCUCCUUUUAAAUCUCUGUAUUCAAUAUUAACACUCGUGUGCACUUUGUCUGCUUGCUGACACAAAAAGUCGAGUCAUUGUAGAAUUUUGAGAUCUAAUGAUUGUUUCUUUGCUUGUAUUAUUUUCACCACUGAGUUAACGGAUCCAGCACGCGCAGCUCUAAUCUAUACCACGGUUGGCCUCCAUCUAGUUUUUUCUGGAUCUUGUUUGCUUUUGC